ACAACCAUCGAGGAAUCGAUGUUUUACCACCUCUACCGGAUUUAUUUAUAAAUUAAUUCAAUUCUCUCUAUCUAUAUUCAGCUUUGUUCGUGUUGUUUUCGUGAAAAUUCGCAUCGCAUCUUUCGAGCGGUCGUCGAUCGCGGAAAACAAACGACGCGCCAGUUUAUAAUCGAGAACCGAGAGCUGAGCACGAGAGAGUGCGGAGAAAACAACAAACAACAAAAGCAACCUUGGGCGUGUAUUAAUUGAGCGUUCCUCUGCGACGCCCGCCCCCUCACCUCUCCUCACCAUACCGCACACUCCCCUCGUCCCAAGCGGAGCUGUCGUCGUAGCCGAUUUUGAUUUGGAUUACGGACACGGCUGUUUCUGUAUUUCUGGUUUCUUCUCGGGGCCCCCGCUCUUGUGCUUGUUAAAGCAAACAUCUGGCAAGAUAAGGGCUACAGAAGCCCCCGUUCCCCAGUCUCCCGCCACCCGCCAUCGCCAAUAUUCGUUGCAAAAACAGCGCUGAACUUAUAGUUUUGCUUCUGGACACAACAGACGCCCCCGCAUCCGAACCCGAAUCCGAAUCUGAAUCCAAAUAGCCGCCAAGAUGAUUCAUGUGGGCGAAAAUACGUGGAACCUGCGGAUUCUCAUCACAGACCUACAGGUGGAAAAGACCUUGAGGGUGAAAGGUGACCAGCACAUUGGUGGCGUCAUGCUCCAACUGGUGGACCCUGAAAUGCCCAAGGAUUGGUCCGAUCAUGCUCUGUGGUGGCCAGCCAAGAACGUCUGGCUGACCAGGACACGCUCCACUCUCGAUCAGGCUGGCGUGCAGUCGGACUCCUUUCUCCACUUCACACCCAUGCACAAGACGCUGCGAGUGCAGCUGCCCGACUUGAGGUAUCUGGAUUACCGCGUCAACUUCUCUGCCAAAACUUUCGGAGCCGUUGUGAGCCUUUGCAAGGACCUGGACAUUCGCUAUCCGGAGGAACUGUCGCUGUGCAAGCCUGUGGAGCCGGAACAUCUGAAGAAGAACUUUUCGAAGCUGCCACAGCGGAAGAUUCCGGUGGCGGAGGCCAAUGGCAUCUCGUAUUUGCAACCAGCUCCAGACACGAACUCCUUCGUGCCAAUCACAGGAGCCUACAACGGUAGCAAUGGCAGCUUGGAUCGCUCGCACAACGGCAACGUACUUUAUGCGCCAGCAUCGCCCUAUGCCACCACUCCACGGAGGGCAGCUACUGCUCCGGGUACACCUAUUAGCUCGCCAACAGGCACCUGGAAGGCCAACUCCACCGGCUACACCAGUUACGAUUCCAACUCGAGUUUCGGUGACUUUCAGGAGAAUCUGGCCGUGUCGCCAAGGUCACCCAGUCCCGAUGUGAGGUCGCGGUUGGUGCGCCCGAAGACUCUCGUGGAGAAAGCCCGGUUGAACGUUGGAUGGCUGGAUUCGUCGCUUUCCAUUAUGGAGCAGGGAGUGCGGGAGUUCGACACUUUGUGCCUGCGCUUCAAGUACUUUACUUUCUUCGACUUGAAUCCCAAGUACGACCAAGUGAGGAUCAACCAGCUGUACGAGCAGGCCAAGUGGAGCAUUCUUAACGAGGAACUGGAUGCCACCGAGGAGGAGACCCUCAUGUUUGCCGCCCUGCAGUUCCAGGUCAAUCACCAAACGGAUUUGCAUCCGCCCGGCAUCGAUUCAGGAAUUGAUUCCUCCAGCCAGGAGAAUGGCGGCGACGACGACAUCGACUCUGCUCUCAACGAGCUGCAAAUUACCUUGGAGGGACCCGGUGGAGGCAAGGAUCAGGGAAACAUCACACGGAUACCAGAGCUUUCGGACUAUCUGAGAUUCCUCAAGCCUCAAAGGUUCACGCUAAAGGGAUACAAGCGGUACUUCUUCGCCUACAGGGAUCUGCAUCUGCACUUGUACAAAUCGCAGGAGGAGUCCAGGAGAGGAGCGCCGACCAUUAGCAUCAACCUGAGGGGAUGCGAGGUCACCCCCGACGUUACUUUGGCGCAAGGAAAGUUUGCUAUUCGCUUGGAAGUUCCUCCAGAGGGCAGAAACGGCCCCAACUCCGAGGUCUGGGUGAGGUGUGAGAACGAGGAGCAGUACGCAAAGUGGAUGGCCGCCUGCCGGCUGGCAGCCAAGGGUCGCUCCUUGGCCGAUAGCUCGUACGACAGCGAAGUGAAUAGCAUUCGCUCCCUGCUCCAGAUGCAGAAGCCCGCCCAAGGGGCCCCAUUGACCAUUAAUCCCAGGAGCGUGGAUCCCAUGGACUACCUUUCGCAGAAAAUGCUACGCAAGCUCUCCAGCAAGGCGGUGCAGCGCAUCUUGGAAGCCCAUGCCAACGUUCGGCAGCUACCCUUGAUGGAGGCCAAACUGAAGUACAUCCAGGCCUGGCAAUCCCUGCCAGACUUUGGAGUGUCUCUUUUCGUCAUCAAGUUUGACGGCCACAAGAAGGAAGAGCUCCUGGGCGUGGCCCACAACAGGAUCAUGCGAAUGGACCUGAGCUCUGGCGACCACAUCAAGACGUGGCGCUACAACACCAUGAAGGCGUGGAACGUCAACUGGGGCAUCAAGUGCAUGAUGAUCCAGUUCGCGGACGAAAACGUGGUCUUCUCCUGCCUGUCGGCGGAUUGCAAAGUAGUCCACGAGUUCAUCGGCGGCUACAUCUUCAUGUCGAUGCGUUCCAAGGAGAACAACCAGACGCUGAACGAGGAGAUGUUCCACAAGCUGACGGGCGGCUGGUCAUAAGAGCAUUCCUCUGUGGGAGCAAUGUAGUGGAGUGGAGUCUUACGAGUGCCAAGCACAAACCUCGUGUCGCAUGUUCUACAAUUUUAUCUAUAUGUACCCAAAGUGGGGUGGGCUGAUUUAUGGGUCGGAGGGUAAUCUACGGACAAUUCCAAGUAAUUUUGCCUUGGAAACUAUUUACUUAACAUCAAGGAUGGCUUCUCCAUGUUCUCUUCUAAAAGCUUACUUAUGUAACAAAAAAUACCAACUUUUUUUUUAACACCCUAGGGAAAA